CGCUGAAUGGAAGCCCACAAACGCUCGCCAGCCGUCGUGCAGUCAAGGUUUGAAUUAAAGAAUAGUUCAUAAAAGUAGAUUUUUAAAAGUGAAAAUGGUAUCGAGUGUUAAACUGAUCUUGGCCAUCGCCGUCUUGGCCACGUUGGCCUGCACUGGUUAUGCCUUCAAGUGCUAUCAGUGCGAUUCGGUGACCAAUUCCAAUUGCGGAAAGGAGUUCAGGGCCGACAAGAGUCUGCUGUUGGACUGCGCCAAGACGGCUCCUCCGCGAUUCCUGCAGAACUUCUUCCCGGUUCGCAAUGCCACCGGUUGCAUGAAGCAGACGCUUGACUUGCCUGGAGUUCCCCAGAUCGUGAGGUCGUGUUACUUCGGCGACAUCACGAACACGCAGACCGGUUGCCAAACUGAUCCCAAUUUCAAUCUGCCCAAGCUUCUGAGCUGCGAAGUUUGCGCCAAGGACGAGUGCAACGGAUCCUCCUCCAUGGCUCCCAUUGCCGGAGUCAUCGUUCUGUUCUUCGGAGUGGCUCGUCUGCUGGCCUAAAUAUGAUGCAUUUAUUGAUGUUAGCUGAACCACCUAACACAUAUCGAGUCUGCUUAUUGAAAAGCCAUAAUUGGAUCUGCUUUAGUCACACUUGAAUCUCUUUGAAUUGUUAUACACCUUUCCAGCAAUUUGUUGUCACAAUAAAUAUCACUUAUUUAUUUAAAA